UCUGUCGCAAUCUUCAGAGGCGCCAUCUUGCAUUGUGUUGCGGAGCAAGUAUCGAGUCGGGUCACCUUCGAUCAUACCGUUAUUUAUAAUAGUUGUAAGAGCGGAUUUUUAAGCGUAGUGACUGAUGUCUUUUAAAAUUGAUAUUCACAAUCAUAUUUUACCCGAGAGAUGGCCAGAUCUUAAAGAGCGAUAUGGAUAUGGAGGUUGGAUUCAACUUCAUCACCACUGCAAUGGCAAGGCAAAGAUGAUGAAGGAUGGAAACCUUUUUCGUGUGAUAGAUGAGAACUGCUGGUCACCGGAGGCAAGAAUCAGAGAUAUGGAUGCAACAGGUGUCACAGUACAAGCUCUUUCUACUGUUCCAGUUAUGUUUAGUUACUGGGCCAAACCAGAAGACACUUUGGAUUUGUGCCGCAUAUUGAAUGAUGAUCUCGCCAAGACGAUAAAGAAACAUCCUAAGAGAUUUGUAGGACUUGGGACUCUUCCAAUGCAGGCCCCAGACCUGGCAGUACAGGAAUUAACAAGAUGUGUGAAGGAACUUGGUUUUCCUGGAGUUGAAAUUGGUUCUCAUAUCAAUGAGUGGAAUCUAGAUGCCCCAGAACUAGAGCCAGUGUUUGCUGUAAGUGUAGUAGUGCUACUGUCUGGUAAUUGGUUUUCCAGAAAGUACAUUGGCCAGAUUUUUACAGACUGUCUUGUCCAUGAUGAAAAAGCUCUCAAAUAUCUAGUGGACACUAUUGGUGAGGAAAAUGUUCUUUUAGGGAGUGACUACCCAUUUCCACUUGGAGAACCCCACCCAGGAAAGCUUAUAGCAGAUGUGUACAAAGAGAACACAGAAGUUAGGGAUAAGCUGUUAGCGGGUAAUGCACUGAGGUUCCUUGGACUGGACAGAUCUCAGUUUGAAGAUGAUGCACCAAACAAUUAGCAGCUCAAAUAGACAUACAUGUAGCAUCAUUAUUUUUCCAAUGUCGCUUUUUGAAACACCUUGUUUUUCAAACAGUUUAAUUGUUAAGCAGACAGUUUUAUUUUGAUAUUUGUACCUAGCUGUUACCUCUUUGUUGUGCUUGGUAGCAAAUAAGGAAAGUUUGGAUUGAUGUUGCCAAAACGUAACAAAAAAGCACUGUUUUCCAAAACCCAAAUACAGCCAAGGAUCCGUUAUUAGAAAGAAAUAGACAACUUGAUUAAGUACAAAUUUGGCUAAGGUAGGACAGAAAACAAGUUUACAUUUCAAACAUACUGUAUACUUACUACUGGGAGGAAGGACAGACUAUGAUAAACAUCUGGAAUAAUACAGUACUUAGGAAGAGCCACUGAAGACAUUUUGACAUACAUGUAAAGUUCACCCCAAGUCUGCUAACAGUCACCUCCCAUAGUCAAACACCUCCCUUAAGCUGACAAUGGGCACUUUCCAUUCAACCGAAAAUCCCAAAAUUUCAAAACAGUAGCAAAUGGUAUAGAAAUUUCAGAGGAAAGUUUCCACAAAUUUUGAAUUUCUGAAAAGCAAACCAUUCAACUGAAAUUUCCAGAAAUUCCUGGAGGAAAGUCAAAAGUUGACUUUGCAUUUAAUGGAACGGAAAUUGUGCGAAAAUUUUGGUAUAGCUCGCAAAGUUGUCCUCUUUUUCAGGAAAAUGCUGUUCCAUUCAUUGCUAGAAACUUUCCAGAAAGUCAAACUGGAAUAAAACAAUUUAUUUUUCAUCAAAUGGAAAGUGCCCAAUAAUUGUGGUUCCAGCACUUACAAACUACAUUUUUCACCCUCUUACAAGUGAACGUUUUUUGCCUUGUCCAAUGGGAGGCUGAACUGGUAAGGCUAUACUUGUAGCAAAUUGUAAAAGUCACAAAGUAGAUGGAUUUUAUUUUUGCAAAGCAAAAGUAACCCAAGGUUACAACAAUUUUAUAAUUUGUUUAGGAUUGGUUGGAGUUAAAUAGUGUGCACUGUAAAAAUAGGAGGGUAAAUAAUUAUUUAAUAGAAUAUAAUUUAUUAGUGAGAGAGUGAUCUUCAAAUGAGUGACAAGACCAAAACCAAAAACACCAAUCAGUGAUCCACUCUGGCCAAUCACAAAGGACACUGACAAUCCAGUGAACCAAACAAAACUUGAAGUAAACACAUGUAGCUGACAAAGCGUGGAAAUAUGUGUGUAGGCAAGUUGCGAUCAAUUUUCCUUCCGAUAAUUUGGUUUAAAAAGUGGUGCAAGUAUUUUAAGCCAAUCAUGUAGCAGAGUAAUGCGAAGCCAAUUACUUUUUUACACUUUAGUGCUCUAUUUAACUUUGGCCAUUGUAACAUAGAGAUUGUUACUUGUAGUUAAAUGCAUAUUUGCACAAAGUCCUUGCUAUCUUCAAUGCAUUAAAACAGAGAAUUUUAUUUUCCAAGUUGUACAUUAAGCUUCAGUGUGACAUAUGUUUGACACUAUAAGUGUACAGUUUUUGACUGAUUUUGCUUAAUUACAUGUAGUUGGUUGCAGAGCAGCAGCAUAAUAAAAUUGUGAUAUUUGGAUGUGA